UCAAGCAUCGCCAACUUUUCUUAGUCAAAGAAAGAAAUUAACAAAAAUAUUCUCAAAACUUAAAAAUGAAUUUCUCAAAAGUGUUUAUUUUUGUUGCAUUUGUAUUGGCUGUGUUUGCUGGGCAAACUGAAGGUGGAUGGUUGAAGAAAAUAGGAAAGCGAUUGGAACGCACUGUUCAAAAUGUUCGUGAUGCUACAAUACAAACCAUUGGAGUUGCUCAACAAGCUGCAAAUGUUGCUGCAACAAUCAAGGGAUAAAACUUUUCAUAUAAG